UUUAGAUAUUGUCGACCAUCAUGAUACACAAGAAAAGAUGCAUUUAGUUGGUCAACAGCUCAUUAAUGAAUGGCAGAACUCUGAAAUGGCUCAACGGGUGCUCGAAGAAGUUAGCUCAAUAGCCAACCGAUUAGAGGAACAUGAAAAUGGUACGAAUAAAUUCAAAGAUCGUUCAGUGGAUAUUUCAUUUGCAGCGCCAUAUUUCAGACAAGUGCAUAAAGUAUGCUGGAGAACAACGCUGAAUCUAUUAAGAGAUCCAUUGGCAUCUGUAAUACAAACAAUUGUAUAUUUAUUUUUUGCAUUAUCAAUGGGUAUAGUCUAUUUUCAAAUGAAUGAUUCCUUAGAAUCUGGUAUACAAAAUCGUACUGGACUAUUCUUUUUCUGUACACUACAAGUGAUAUUUGUAAAUUUGGCGACAAUUGAAUUGUUUAUUAAAGAACGUGCACUUUUUAUACAUGAAAGUUCAAGUGGUUAUUAUCAAGUUUCUGUAUAUUUUUUUUCAAAAAUUCUCUGUGAUAUAUUACCAACUAAAGUAUUGCCUAUAAUCUUAUUUAUGCCAAUAUGUUAUUGGAUGGCUGGAUUACAGCGGACUUUUGAAGCGUUUAUGUUUUUUGAAUUAAUUCUAUGCCUUACAACACUGGCUGCAGCAGCAAUAGCUUUAUUCAUUUCAGCAACUGUCACUGUUUUUGGAUUAGCUAAUGCUAUCCUAUCAAUUAUGUAUGUAUUUAUGAUGGCCUUUUCUGGUUACCUAAUCAACUUGAAAUCUAUGGCAGUUUGGCUUAGUUGGCUCCGUUAUUUUUCAUUAUUUCGUUACAGUAUGGGAGGUUUAUUGGCCAUGGAGAUGACUCCACUUAGAUUCUGUCCUAUGGAUACAUCAAAUACAACAAUUCAGAGACAAUGUCAAAACGGUACAACAUACUUGGAGGAUCAAGAGAUUCCUUACAAAACUACAUGGGAUUUAUGGUAUAAUGUAUUUGGACAAGUUGUUAUAAUGGUCAUUUUUUACAUACUUUGUUAUGUUCAACUUCGACUACUCAACAAAUAUAAGUAGUAAAUUGCCCACUUCUAAACAAAGUAUUUUACUAAUCAUUCAACACAUCAAACAGUUCAUAAAAAAUUCAAACGGAGGAAGAUGUUUUCGAAAUUCUAAGCCAAUUUAACACUGUCAACAUAUUCAUACUAUUUCUUGAAGUAUCCUGUUUAUCAGCUUUGCAAGCAAACGAAAAACUGACCGGUUCGAUGUGAAACCUAAUUUAAAUACAAGUGGAACCGCAAACUUAUGUAUAUAAAUAACCUUACUCAUCUAUGUGGAUGCUGUUUGAUUCCCCCCGAAUUUAUUUUGUUGAUACACACAUCUCACAUUCUAUGUAUUUUUUGUCUCUUUACAAUAGUGUUCACAUAAAGAAGAAAAAC